AUGGUCCUUCUUUUUAUUCACUUUUUGUCUGCGCUGGUCGGACGUCCAUAUUACUUAGGAGCUGGCGAAAAGACAGAGAUGGACGGGGAAAGCAAAGUUUAUCUAUCUAUCUAUCUAUCUAUCUAUCUAUCUAUCUAUCUAUCUAAUCUAUCUAUCUAUCUAUUAGAAACACGUGUUGCAAUGGGCAGGAGUAUUGAAUAUGUACUUCGCUUAUUCUCAUCUACUACAACCUUCUCUCUAUCUUUCGCUGCUUUUCUUUCUUUCUCACUUCUUCUCUCCUUGUCUGUCUCUCUAACUUUUCUUUCUUUCAUUUUCUCACUUUCUCUCCUUUCUUUCUUUCACUUUCUCCCCUUGUCUUUUCUUUCUUUCACUUUCUCCCCUUGUCUUUUCUUUCUUUCACUUUCUCCCCUUGUCUUUUCUUUAUUUCACUUUCUUUCACUUUCUCUCCUUAUCUGA